AUGCGGAGAGGGAAGGGGCAUCAUAUGGCAAUUUUAGCUGAUCAAGAGAAGAAGUAUGAUGAUGAUGAUGAUGAUGAUGAUGAUGAUGAUGAUGAUGUGAUGGUGAUGAUGAUGAUGAUGAUGAUGAUGAUGAUGAUGGUGAUCAGCAGAGGGGGAGUUGGGUCGGUGUUUAGGCUGAGUUGGAGAAGACUGUUAUUUGAAAAAAAAAAUUUUUUAAAAGGUUUUGAGUUACAGUCGAUGAGGAGGAAUAAAAGUAAAGGAGUGACGAAAGAAAGAAAAAGGAAAUUGAAUUUGAAAGCAGUAGUAUGA